ACGGAGAUGCCGUAAGCAGUAAUAAAAUAUAUCAGAGCCCACACGCAACCGAACCCUCUCUCUCACCGUUUUGCACCACAAAAUCUUCUCUAUUUCUUUCCCCUCUGCAAUUCCAGAGAGCUUCACAUAAUUCAAAGCCGCGUUUCGAGCCGUCUUGAAGAAGAUUUUUUCUCUUUGCGCGUGACCCAUUCUCUUCUCCAAUCCUCUACACCCAAGAACUUCGAUUUAUCCUUCUACCAAAGCUUAUAUCAACCUAAAUACAUAUAUACAUAUAGCAAAAUGGAGGUCAAACUAUGGAACGACAAGCGAGAGAGAGAAAUGUAUGAGAAUUUUGCUGAGCUUUAUGCUAUUAUAAAAGCCACGGAGAAGCUAGAGAAGGCCUAUAUUCGUGACAUUAUAUCCUCUUCCGAAUAUGAAACUGAAUGCCAAAAGCUUAUUGCCCACUUCAAAACCUUGGCUUCCUCACUUAAAGACAUAGUUCCUAGCAUUGAACGCUUUGCAGACACUUACAAAAUGGAUUGCCCAGCAGCUCUAAACCGACUUGUGACCUCUGGGGUGCCUGCCACAGUGGAGCAUCGGGCUGCUGCUGUAGCCUCCUCAACCACUUCUGCUGCCACUGUGGCAGAGUGUGUACAGAAUUUCAUCACUGCAAUGGAUUCACUGAAACUGAAUAUGGUUGCCGUGGAUCAGGUUCACCCUUUGCUCUCGGACCUCUUUUCUUCGCUUAAUAAGCUGAGUAUUUUGCCGCCAGACUUUGAGGGUAAGACAAAGAUGAAGGAGUGGAUCUCAAGGUUGUCUAAAAUGGGGGCAGCAGAUGAGUUGACAGAACAGCAAGCUCGACAGCUUCACUUUGAUCUUGAGUCCUCCUACAAUUCGUUUAUGGCGGCUUUGCCCACUGCUGGUACUUGACUGAAUUGGGUGAGCUUGUAAAUUCUUGGGUAAGGCUUUACUAGAUUCUGAAAUGGGCUUGUACUUUAAUUUGGUUCAAUCAACUAUUGUUUUGAGUGUUGUGUUAUGUAAUCCCCUUGAUAUGGAAACGCAUGGCUUACCUCCGACUAUCAUAUUGUUUUCAUUAUCUCAUUCGAGCUUUUAUCCCAAA